AUGGACCCUGCCAAGCGCCCGCCGCACCUGGCAACCCGCAAUGGGCGGUCGGCGUCGGUGACUGGGGCCAAGAAGCGGGCGCUCCCGCCGCUCCCGCCAAGCUCGUCAAAGACCCGCUCAUCGUCGACCACCUCGCGGUCGAUCUCUGUUCAGGCGAACGUGGCCACCCUGGCCCUGGCCAAGGCUCGGAGCUCGGCCAGCGACUUGUCGCAUCCCAACCAGCCGCAGACCCCGACGUCGCCGAGCGCAUCCGAUGGUGGCGGCUCGCUGGUCAAGCGCCAGUCGACCGGCUCGCUCCGAUCUCCGCCUGGCACACCGUCCUCGCCGUUGCUGCCGAUGCUGCCGGGAGAACAUGGAAGCAAGGCCAACUCGGACGAAGAGCUGCUUCCCGAGCCACCGGCGGACGCGCCUUUUAUGAAGGCUUUCGCCUUUGAGACCUUGCUCUCGGGCGAGGACGUGCUCAACGGGAGCGACGAGCCACUGCCGUCGUCGCCGGUCUCGGCUGAGCUCCCCGAUAUUGUCCCAGCUGUGCCCGGUUCUGGCCCUGCUGCUCAGUCCGAUGCGCUCAUUGCCAUCCAGCCGCCGCCGCCGCUGGUCUUUGCGCCCAACGGUGGCAUCGAUGACAACCCGCAGCCGCAGCCGCCGGGCUCGCGCGGCGCGCUCUGGGCCUCUGCGCCUGUCACGCUCCCGUUCCGCGCCGCGGUCGACGACCUCCGCGCCAUGGCGGCCGAUGGCGGCUACGCCGGCGUUCUCGAGUUCCGCAAGCCUGACGCCGCGCGCUGGACCCGCGGAUGGGGUGUUGCCCGCCUCGGCGUCCUGGUGGUGCUCGACGCCGAGCCUGCAGUCGACGCACCGGCCGUCGGCGCCGUCCUGUACGUGCUGGACAUGGCCGGCGGGAGUGGCACGCUCUCGAUUGUCUCGCCGGAAAAAACGCUCAUCAACGUGGUGACGAGCGACGGCAGCCCGCACGUCUUCCUCCGCUGCUCUGGAUGGCAGCCCUGA